UCCAUGGCGCCGGCAUCCGGUACGUUAACCUUGCACUUGUUCAUUUGUUUGCUGUAUUGCAAAAGCCCAAAACUCACAGUUGCAUGUGAACUCGUCGAAGGCGAAGGUCAGCCAGGCCUACAAAGAGUUUGGGUCCUGCGGUCGAGUGUUUGUCGGCCGAUUUUAAAGUGAAGCCUGCUCCAAUAGAAGAAACACUCCGUUCUGAGUGUAUAGUAGAUAAGUGAAUAUUGCACGAUGGCGAGGAAAGGUUUGCUUCUGAGCCUUUUGCCAGCUGUGUUGUGCCUGUGGUUUCACCCCAUUGAUGUCCAGGGUAGACUGUUGGCGGCGGGUUCCGAUAUAAGUGCUAAUUUAAAUUACUCGGUCGUUCAGCGGCCGGAGAAAAGUGAUGGGUGCAAACAAAAUGAAGUUUGUAUGGCGUCUGUCGAAUGCUUCGUAGAGGUAGAUGUUCAAGCCAACUUGAAACCAUGCUCUACUGUGCCCAAUCUUGAUGGCGUUUGCUGUCCAUCAACUAGCCUGAAUGAAUCUAACAGUUCUAAACACAUCGUUGAUCAUUCCACCGAUCACCUUGUGGUUGAUGCCCUUCACGAAGGUCGUCGCGAGUUUGACGAGAAGCUUCGCCAUGAAGAAAAACACCGAACAGUGAUGACUGCCAAAAAGAAACCGGAAUCCAUGUUUCACCGUAUGUUGCACCCAGGAGCUGUGCAUCAUGGCAAGGACAUCCCGAAUCCGGAAGAGCAAGUCAAUGUUUACGGGCAUGUUUUCGCCAGUCGAAAAUUCGCCGAGUUGACCAAUAUGACCUUGGAGGACCGCCAGGGCGACCGAUUUGCGAGGGUGCCCAGAGCUAUACGGAAACGAUGUUUGCCGCCGGUUCCUUGUAACCCGAAUGCCCGAUACCGAACCAUUGACGGAUCGUGCAAUAAUCCGUUGCCGGAACGCACCAGCUGGGGCAUGGUGGGAUAUCCAUUCGACAGGGUUCUACCGCCGGCGUACGAAGAUGGCGUUUGGGCUCCAAGGGUUCAUUCGGUAACUGGAAACCUACUACCGAGUGCUCGGACCGUGUCCGCAACACUCUUCCCGGAUGCUUUUGGGCCAGACCCUCGACUAAAUAUUUUGUUCAUGCAAAUGGGUCAGUUCAUUUCGCAUGACUUUGCACUGAGUCGCGGUUUUACUCUUCAAAACGGAGGCGCUAUUGAAUGUUGCGCCCCGGAUCUUUCUGGGCCACUUUUCGGACCACAGCGACACUUCGCCUGCUUACCAAUCGACGUUAGUCCGAACGAUCCAUUUUAUUCCCAGUUUGGAGUUCGCUGCUUGAAUCUGGUACGGAUACAACUGGCCCAAGGACCCGAGUGCCAGCUAGGCUUCGCUAAACAAGCUGACUCCGUUACCCACUUCCUGGAUGCGUCAAAUGUGUACGGUUCGACUGAUGAUCAGGGUGCGGCACUUCGAUUAUUCCAGCAGGGUCGCUUGCGCGAUACGUUCCCAAGUGGAAUAGAGCUGCUCCCAUUUGCAAGAAAUCCGCGAAGCUGUGUCCCUUGGGCUCGUGUUUGCUAUGAAGGUGGUGACAUCCGGGCGAACCAGUUGCUGGGAUUGACCAUGACACAUACAUUGUUCCUUAGGGAACACAACCGGCUGGCAGUAGGCUUGAGUCAGCUUAAUCCUCACUGGGACGAUGAAAAGCUGUACCAGGAAGCGCGAAGAAUUUUGAUAGCCGAAUACCAGAACAUAGUUUUCAACGAGUUUUUGCCGAUUCUGCUUGGCCAUCAAAAAGCACAACAGCUGCGCCUGCUCGAUCCAAUUGACAGUUACAGCAAUGUUUAUAACCCAGACCAUCCACCGAUGGUGUUGACUGAAGUCGCCGCAGCUGCUCACCGGUACGGGCAUUCUCUCGUAGAGGGUUUCUUUAGAUUCCUAACACGCGAAGAACCCCCAGAGGACGUAUUCAUCAGGGACAUUUUCAACGAUCCCACGAAGACCCUUGAGCAGAACAGCUUCGACAUCAUGAUGUUCUCCUUCGGGCAGCAACCAUCGGAGUCGAUGGAUCGAUUCUUCACAUCCGGAUUGACGAGGUUCCUGUUCCAAGAACGCAACCCAUUCGGGUCCGAUCUGGCUUCGAUCAACUGUCAAAGAGGUCGUGACGUUGCCAUGCGUUCAUACAACGACUACCGCGAACUGACCGGUCAAGGUCGUGUAACCGAUUUCAACCAGCUGGGAGAAGUCGGUGCCCUGUUGGCGCAGGUCUAUGAAUCCCCCGACGAUGUCGAUCUUUGGCCUGGUGGAGUGCUGGAACCGCCGGAGAAUGGUGCCGUUGUAGGACCAACAUUCGCUGCCCUGUUGGCCGAUGGGUACUCUCGGUUCAAGUUCGGCGAUCGGUACUAUUUCACCAACGGUCCCGAGGUAAAUCCGGGGGCGUUCACGUUGCCGCAACUGAAUGGACUGAGGCGGACAACGCUUGCUGGCCUCAUCUGUGCCAAUGUGGACCACAAGGAAGAUUUUUACCAAGCGCCGGCAGCUUUUCUGCAGUCCAGUAGAGAAAACGUUCCCGUGCCGUGCUUGAAUUAUCAGAGCAUACAGCUAGAAGCAUGGCGUGAGGAAGGGUUUUAAAUUUAUUUAAAAAAGUUGUUUAAAUGUUCGGAGUGCUGUAACAUUGUCAGAGAAUUAUUUGUUGUUGAAUUGUUUUUAAUUUAAUUUGUAUUUUUAUUUGUAAAAAUAUGUUUGUUGCUAUGUCCAAAAAUCAUAAAUAAAGCUUUUUAUGCUUGAAUAAGAAA